CUUCCGUUUCAAUCGCCCUACCUGCUCCUGGCACGCGCAGAAAGGCUCAAAUCUCUCCCCCAAUUUUUGUCCUGUGACGUUUUCAGGUAAUUCUUCUUCUUUUGCGAGCCGCUUUGCGUGUCAUAUACGAUGGCCAACGCGCACUGGAACAACGUGCUGGUGACGUCGUGUCUUAAGCGGCCGGUGGACCCGCACACCAGGGUACCGCUUGCCUCCUACGAACGGAACGAAGAGACUCCUUACUCGGCCACGACUCACGCGGACAACUGCGACGGUUACCAGCAGGAGCAAGAAAAGGAGGACGAGGUGGCGGGCGGAGACAUGCGCGACCAGAAAGCCGUGGCCCAGUCGGCACCCACCGGCAUUUUCUUCUCCAACGAGGAGUACUACAGCAAGUUGGAGGAGUUGAAAAAGGCUCACCUGCGCACCAUGGCCGAGCUGGAGAGCAUGUACCACCACAAGCUGCAGCUACACGCUUUGGCCGCGCCCAACACGCAACAACCCGGGCCGGGCGCAUUUCAGCAUCUGAGGAAGUCUCACUCGGCCGUCGAGCUCCGGAGAGCUUCGGGCGCGUCGUCUACGUCGGACGACGCCUCGGGUUCUGACGUGGAGAAAGGCCUGCUGUUCUGCCCCAAAGAAUUCAUCCAGAACAUGUGGACCGACUUCAAGCUAUCGCCUCGGACCCGCCAGCUGUCCGCGUCGCUGCCGGGAGAGCGCGACGGCUUCCGGCUUCGGCGAAGGCUCCCCGGCGUGACCGUGCCCAGGCCCUUCCAGAUGACGCUGCGCGAGGCCGAGCGGCGGCAGCGCGAGGCCGAGCGGCGGCGGCGCGGCGUCAAGACGCGGGCCGAGGUGGAGCUGGAGAACGCACGGCUGAGACGGGAGCUGGAGGAGAUGGCCGAGUGCCGCAACAAGUUCCGCGCCAGCCCCGUGCCGGCGCACGUCCACCUGCCGCUUUACCAGGAGCUCCAGGAGCGGCGGCGGGAACCUCGUCGCAGCAUGCCCGACAACCGCCACCUCAAGACAAAGCCUUUCAGCUUCCUGGAGAGGGAACGCCUGAAGAAGGAGCAGCAGCAGCAGCAGCAGCAGCCGCCGCCCGGCCAGCCGGAGCGGCCCAAGCCCUUCAAGGCCAAGCCGGUGCCCAAGUCGGUGUCGGGCGAUCAGAGGAAGGAGGAGCAGCUGUACCGAUCCAUCAAGAAGCAGAUGAGAGCCCAGGAAAUGCUCCGCAGCUCCUCGGCCCCUCCCAGCACCCUCAGCAAAAGGCUGGCGGAGAGCAAGAGGUGCAGCGAGCAGGCUCCGACCUUCAGCCACCGCCCGCUGGUCAACAAGGACGUGCCCGACUUUGACGUCACCUUCAAGCGCUUCCGGAAGCGCAUGGAGCAGACCAAAGAGGUGAAGCCCACCACCGCGUGCGAGCCCUUUCAACUGAGGACGGCCCGCAUCCCUUCGCAGCGUCAGCCGAAGGAGGAGAAGGAGUGCGGCGGCCUGACGGCACCUCGCUGGCCGCGCGUCCGGCGCUCCGGCACGCCCGACUCCAGCCUCUGCUCGUCCCUGUCGGGGAGCGUGGAGCUCCUUCCCGCCAAGGACACGGACGCCACCAAGAAGCGACACCAGGCCGUGAGGCAGGCCCUGGAGCGCAGGAGGAGGGCCGAACAGGAGGAGGCACGCUGGACGGAGAGGCAGAAGGAGCGUGAGAAAACGCUGCAGAAGCUGGUGCAAAAGCGGGCCAGCGCCAUCGACCCGCACCUGGCGCUCACGCACACGCACGGCAACAAACUCCAAGAGUUCAGGAAACAAGACCGCCAGCGCAGGAGGGAAUAUCAGCAGGAGAUCAAGGAGAUGGAGGAGCGCGUGAAAAGCAGACCGCUGCUGCUGGAGCAGGUUGCCCAGAAGAACGCCAAGCAGGCGGCACAGAAGCGUUUUGCUGACACGUUGCACCGAGUCCACCUGAGCGAGGAAUUCCUCAACAGAAAGGUGGCGGCUGUGGCGGCACGCACUGGCGCUGACGCCACACGCGAGCCUUCGGAGUCGGAGGACGGCGCCCUGUUGCCCGUCCACUACCGGAAGAUCUUCCUGGACAACCAAGACCAGGAGGAGAGCGACAAGGCUUCGCCUGAUGGCAGCGAGGACGCCGGUCAUUACUCGGACGACGACCACCACCAGAGGGACCCGGAGGAGGCUGAGGAUGAGAAACAGGACGACGACGACCACCAGAGGGACGCGGAGGAGGCUGAGGAUGAGAAGCACGACGACGAGGAACUGGAUUAGCGCUCGGCGAGAAGUGCACCGUGGCGAUGAUGCAACCGGAACCAAA